AAGAUUGCUAUCAAUUCUGGCUCUAUUUACUCCCCCUGUUCUACUUCAAUACCAGUAUCUUAGUGUAGAUCUGACGCAACGGCUUUAAAGUGAAACCAGUAUGUCUGACAACUUCCUCACAGACUUCCUAAUGGGUGGUGUUUCCGCAGCCAUCUCUAAGACAGCAGCAGCUCCAAUUGAACGUGUCAAGUUGCUGAUCCAGAACCAGGAUGAGAUGAUAAAGCAAGGACGUUUGGCGAAGAAGUACAGCGGAAUUGGUGAAUGUUUCAGCAGAACCUGGGCUGAAGAAGGCCUUGUCAGUUUCUGGAGAGGUAACACAGCCAACGUGAUCAGAUAUUUCCCCACCCAGGCGUUGAACUUUGCGUUCAAGGAUAAGUUCAAGAAGAUGUUUGCUUUUAAGAAGGAGGACAACUACUGGCGUUGGUUUGGUGGUAACUUGGCUUCUGGUGGUUUGGCUGGUGCAACGAGUUUGCUGUUUGUCUACUCUUUGGACUAUGCAAGAACCAAGUUGGCCAAUGAUGCAAAGAGUGUGUCAAAAGGCGGAGGAGACAGAGAGUACAAGGGACUAAUCGAUGUCUACAAGAAGACAUUGGCAAGUGAUGGUGUUGCAGGCCUAUACAGAGGCUUCUUGCCCUCUGUUAUAGGAAUCAUCGUCUACAGAGGGUUGUACUUUGGUAUGUACGACACCUUAAAGCCUUCACUUCUUGUCGGUCCACUUGAGGGCAAUUUCCUCGCUGCCUUCGCCCUCGGAUGGUGUGUUACUGUUGGUGCCUCCACUGCUUCGUAUCCUCUCGACACGGUCAGAAGACGUAUGAUGAUGACCUCUGGCCAGGCAGUCAAGUACAAAGGUGCAUUCGAUGCAUUUGAAAAGAUCGUUGCAGCGGAGGGUAUCAAGUCCUUGUUCAAAGGUUGUGGUGCCAACAUUUUGAGAAGUGUUGCGAGUGCCGGUGUCAUCUCUCUCUACGACCAGUUCCAGAUGAUCCUGUUUGGUAAGAAGUUCAAGUAAUGAACACCUCGUUUCCAGAGUCUUGGAACAUGACAUAUAUAUCUAUAUGCAAUUCUCGUUGCUGUAGUUACCACUGCACGUACAUCAAUAGAAUCCGAAUCGGGA